AAUCGGGGCGCCAAGCACGUGUGCCCGGCAUUCCAUGCAAUUCGGAUUUGUCUGCGUUUUAAACGAGUCAGAUAUUAUAUUUAAUUGAUGACAUUUCUUAAAAAAAAAAUUGCUUAAAAAUGGACAGCAAGCUAUCAGCGUAUGCCGCCUACGGCGUAUCGCCCAAGCGAAGAACGCAACAAGAGCCAAAGAAGACAGUAAAGCGCUUAGCAAAGAAGACAAUCGGAAAGGCAGCAAAGAAGGUACAAAAUAGUGCAGUAAAUGUGAAAAAGAGUGACGGUAUGCCGAGCAAACAAUCAAACGGCAAGCGUCAGAAAUUAAAGGCCAACAAAAUGAGCAGCUCGGACACUUGCGAGAAUAGCAGCGACUUGAGCUAUAACUCGCGCAAUAUCAGUGGCAACAACAGCAGCUUAACCAUGAGUGAUGGCAGCUAUUUGAGCAACGGUGGGAGCAACAGUGGCUCCGAAAAUAAUAGUGAUAGCAGUAAUUGCGACGCCACCGCCAGCAGCGUCUCCCACAGCUCCAACUACGAAAGUAUUGACGAACAGGACGGGGCGGAGGGCAGCAGCGACGACGAGUAUAAUAGCGACAGCGACAACUAUGGCAGCCAGAGCGAGAACGACUCUAACGGUAAUAGCAGCGGGAGCGAGUACGAAAGCAAUGACAGCGCACAUAACGGUGAAACGCAAAGCGACGAUUACUUUAGCGAGGAGUACACGCUGAGCAGUAGCAGCGGCAGCAGCAGCAACAGCCAGAUUACAACAAUGCCGCAAGCCGUGCGAAAAGCAGGCAAAAGCCUUGAUAUGAACAACAACAACAAUAAGCCAACUGCAGCCAAGCAGCAAACACGUGACAAAAAGCAGCCGGUGAAACAGGAGCAAAAAGCCAAGGCGGAUGGGAAAAGUGCAAAUAAAGCGCCCUCGUGUCCGCUGCCGCGUCGUCCCAUCCAGACGAUGAUCCAAUCGUGUCCGCUGCCCAGCAAGGCCGCGCCUGCCAAACCGAUACCAAGCACUAGCCGCUUGAGCAGCAGAGAAUCGCUGACCAAGACCAAAGCCAAAUCGUGUCGCCUCUCCAGCGCUCCGGCUCUCAAAAUGGCCAACAAAAUGGCGGCCGCAGAGAAAAAGUCGCGCAAGAGCAGCAACGAAACGCAACUGCAGACUGGCAUGGAGAAGCCACGUGGUCCGGUGCAUCAGAUGAACAGCAUCGAGGAGGGCAAGCGCAUGCUGCACUGGCUCAUCAAUCCGAUGACAUCGGAUUGUUUCUUCGAACAGUAUUGGGAGCGCAACGCGUGCCAGGUGAAGCGCAAGCAGCCCAAUUAUUUCGAGCAAUUGAUCUCGUUCAAGAUGAUCGACGAGAUGCUCAUUAACCACCACUUGGAGUUCACCACCAACAUCGAUGUGACCAGCUAUAAGAAGGGCGUGCGCCAGACUCUGAAUCCCGACGGACGAGCAAUGCCGCCAACCGUUUGGGGCUUUUAUGGCGAAGGCUGCAGCAUCCGGAUACUGAAUCCCAGCAGCUACUUGUGCAAGCUGCGCCAGCUGUGCUCCAUGAUGCAGGAGUUCUUUCACUGUUUGGUCGGUGCCAAUGUCUAUUUGACGCCGCCGAACAGUCAGGGAUUCGCGCCGCACUACGACGACAUCGAGGCCUUUGUGCUGCAGGUGGAGGGCCGCAAGCGCUGGCGCUUGUAUGCCCCGCCGCAGUCAACGGACGUGCUGGCGCGCACCUCGUCCGGCAAUUACAAGCAAGAGGAGUUGGGCCAGCCGCUGUUCGAUGCUGUCCUCGAGCCGGGCGACAUACUCUACUUUCCACGCGGCACCGUCCACCAGGCCGUCACCGAGCAGAAGCAGCAUUCGCUGCACAUCACGCUCAGCGUCUACCAGCAGCAGGCCUAUGCCAAUCUGCUGGAGGUGCUGAUGCCCAGUGUCAUGGAGCGUGCCAUCAAGCACCACUUGACGCUGCGCCGCGGUCUGCCGCUGCACAUCUGGCAGCAUCUCGGCCUGGCCAAUGGCGGCCAACAGAGCGAACUGCGCAACCAGCUCUUGGAGAACACCAAGCGACUCGUGCAGCAGUAUCUGGUGCCCAGCGAUGCCCAGAUCGAUUCCGCUGUCGACCAGCUGGCCAAGCGCUUCCAGCACGAGGCAUUGCCGCCGUGCCUCAAGCCCGAGGAGCAUGUGCGCACAGUCUUCGGCUCGCGCAGCGAAACGGAUGCGAGCGGCCAAUGCCUGUGCGACUACGAGCUGACGGAGCGGACGAGCGUCCGCCUGCUGCGCGCCAACAUCCUGCGCCUGGUCGCCGAUGGCUCCAGCCUGCGCGUCUACUACUAUGUGGACAAUGCACUCGAGUAUUGCAAAUACGAAGCCAACUUCAUGGAGAUUCAGCCCUCGGAGGCGCCCGCCGUCGAGGCCUUGAUGACCAGCUAUCCGGCGUACAUGAAAGUUGCCAAGCUGCCGCUGCGCAGCGCCGACCGCCGCAUCGAGGUGGCCACGGCGCUCUGGGAGCGCGGACUUCUCAUGACCGAGAAGCCCUUCAAGUAGAUCCAGCUGCACCUUUAUCUAUAGCUAUAUCUUUAUAUAUGUUUACCGUUAUGUUUAUAUUUAGUUUUUUUUUUGUAAUUUGUGCGCACUCCAAAGACUUGGGCUUUGGCUUGCGCAUAAAGUUAGGACUGUAACAUACCCUGUAAUACGCCAUGUUAAGAUGCACUGUUUGUCAUGCACACUAACUUACCCUGUAAUACAACACGUUUAUUCACUAUAACACAUACUGUGGCAUACCCUAUAAUUCACCGGAUAAAUCGUAAAAACUAGUUCCUUGUUAGCCAUGCCGUCAUACAUAUUAACAUACCCUGUAAUUCCCCAAUCUAAACAAACACUGGCAUACCCUGUAAAACUUCAAGUUAAUCAAUCAAACUUUGUCCCAUUUUACCCAAUAUAAAUAUAUAACAUACCCUGUAAUUCGUAAGAAAUGCCCUACGGUGCUAGUCGUUUUUAACAAAUAUACGCACUUGAUUUUUAGCAAUAAUAUAAGACUUAACAUAUAGCUACACAUCAAAAUAUCUUUUAAAAUGUACCCAACAAGAAUCGAGAAUAAAAUAUUUUAUAUAGAAA